AUGAGUUUCAUUUCAUACAAGCGUUUGGUUGCCGUCGGAGACACACUCUUCGUAUACUUGAGUCCAAGCAAUAUAUACCCUCUUGUUGUCCGAUCGGGUCAUGUCUUUCAGACCAAAUACGGAGCCCUCAAACACGACGACCUCGUGGGCCAGCCGUACGGUUGCGCCCAUCAGUGCGCCAAAGGGUUCGUCCAUUUGCUUCACUCGACGCCCGAAUUGUGGACGUUAUGUCUUCCGCACAGAACUCAGAUCCUCUACACGACAGACAUCAGCUUUAUUUGCACUCAACUCGACCUCAAGCCGGGAAGUGUGGUGUGCGAGGCCGGCACCGGCAGCGGAUCCCUGUCUCACGCCAUCGCCCGCACCAUCGCUCCCAACGGCCGACUCAUCACUUAUGACUUCCACGAGGAGAGGUCGUCGACGGCCAGAGACGAGUUCGCUGACCACGGAUUAAGUCAUAUCAUUACUGCUCAACACAGAGACGUCUGUUCCGAUGGAUUUGCAUUUACCGAUCACUUCGACGCUCUGUUUCUUGAUUUACCGCAUCCUUGGGUUGCCAUCCAAUCCGCUAAAGAGGCUCUCAAACCAAAU